AUGACCAUAGUCUCAAAUGAUCCCACUUGGUGGCCGACCAUCAAUGCAAAUCGUGUUUCCAGCUAUCUCGUAGUUGCCGCCUUUGUUGGAGUGACGUAUGAUUGGGCACUUACAUCUGGACAAGAGGUCGAAUUAAUUUGGAGGCAACGUUGGUCGCUAAUGACAGUUCUGUACCUCAGCGCGCGCUACCUUGGAAUCUUAGUUACUGCCCUGAAUGUGCUGGUGACCGCCACGCUAUACUGCCACAGAUGCCGGAUUAUGUACGUUGUAUGGGAUUGGACGAAUGUUUCUGUAUUUGCAAUGCUGUGGGUCAUCAUCAUCACUCGGUUGCAUGCCAUGUAUCAACGAUCCAGGAAGAUCCUGGUAUAUCUCACUGUCACCUUCCUGGCUGUCAACAUUUUCAACGCAGUGGCCAUCAUAAUGACCACGGUGCAUACUUCAGGGGAGGAGUUUAUUCUCUCCGGCACUUAUCAGUGCCAGAUUAACUAUGCGGAAGAUAUCUCACUUCUGAAUUCCAUUACUUGGAUACUCGGAAUUGUGUGGGAGGUUCUCGCACUAUGUCUUGCAGUUUGGAUUGCCGUCAAACACUUCCGUGAACUGCGACGUCAUUCGGAAGGAGGGAUUAUCACGGACUGUUUCUCGGUGUUGAUCAAAACUCACAUGGUUUACUUUGCGAGCUUUGUUGUUGUUUCUUGCUUCCAUCUCAUCGUCGAGUUAUCUCCAACAAUCUUACUAGCGGACCAAACUUCCCUAAAAGCUCAGGUUCUCACUGGCCUGCUUCAGAUUUUGACAGUCGUGCUGGCGUUUGUGCUGGGACCACGCCUGAUCCUUGACGUUCGAGAAUACUACGCUAAGCUCGUGGCCGACGCCGACGCAGCAUCUGCUAUGACCUCAAUCGCUUUCCAGGAGCGCGUGCAUGUAUCGACUAGCAGUAGUGUGUGA